UGGACCUUUUCAGAUUCUUUUCAGCACAUAGCGGCAAUCCCACGGACUCCGAGUGCCGGGAUCAAGGGAAGCUGCUUCGGUAAAACUUAAACCGAGCUUCCUCUGCAGAUCGGGGCGCCCUUAAACGCCGCAGUCGGUUUUUGAGAGUAUUUGCAACUGGGAAAAACUGUCCAGCCUGGGUGAGCCGAGGAGGGCUGUGGGAAGUGUCGUCCCGCUUCUAAGAGCCCAAGGCUCGUGCUGCCCCUCCGCUGAAGCUCGCAGUGGCCCCCGUGGCGUCCCUGCAGCACCACGCACCAGCUGUGCCACUUGGUCGGCGCUGAGAUGUGGAAUUGGGGCCUUUGUCUGAGAGCCCGGUGCUCUGCCUUCUCAGGCUCUGCCCAUUCCCAGAAAGAAGAGGAAAUGACUGAGCCCCAGGGAACAGUGACAUUCAAAGAUGUGGCUAUUGACUUCACCCAGGAAGAGUGGCAGCAGUUGGAUUCUGCUCAGAGGAACCUAUACUGGAAUGUGAUGCUAGAAAACUAUAACAACUUAAUCACAGUGGGCUGUCCAUUCACCAAACCUUAUGUGAUUUUUAAGUUGGAGCAAGAAGAAGAACCAUGGGCUGUGGAGGAGAAAGAAGUGUUAAGGAGACACUGUCCAGGAGAAAUCUGCAGAAUUGAUGACCAUCAGAAUAUACAGGACAAACUUUUGACACAACUUGAAGAUAAGUUUAUAAAAGCACUAACUGAAGAAAAAUUCAGUAAAUGUCAUAAAAAAAUUUCUGAUUCAUUUUCUCCAAAUUCAGACUUUUUUUCUUCUAGUCACAACCUUCAUGACUAUAACUUAUUUGGAAAAUGUCUAGAAUGUAAUUUUGACUGUCAAAAUAAUGAGAGAAUUCUUAUAAAAAAGGAAUACUGUGGAUAUAAUGAACCCAUAAAAUCAUCUGGCAAUAGCUUAUCAAAUCUUGUAAUAACCCCUUUUAAGUGUGAUAAUUGUGGAAAAGGAUUUAGUCAAACCUUGGACCUAAUCAGACACCUGAGAAUUCAUACUGGAGAGAAACCUUAUGAAUGUAAAAAAUGUAGAAAAGCCUUUAGCCAGAAGGAAAACUUCCUAAAACAUCAGAAAAUUCACACUAGGGAACAAUCUUAUGAAUGUAAUAAAUGUGGGAAAGCUUUCAUUAAAGUGUCAAAUCUCAUUAGACAUCAAAUAAUUCAUACUGGAGAGAAACCCUAUGCAUGUAAAGAAUGUGGAAAAUUUUUCAGUCAGAAAUCAAAUCUCAUUGAUCACGAAAAAAUUCACACUGGAGAGAAACCUUAUGAAUGUGAUGCAUGCAGAAAAACAUUCAGUCAGAAGCAAAGCCUCAUUGCACAUCAGAAAGUUCAUACUAGGGAGAAACCUUAUGCAUGUAAUGAAUGUGGUAAAGCUUUCCCCCGAAUUGCAUCUCUUGGUCUUCACAUGAGAAGUCAUACAGGAGAAAAACCUUAUAAAUGUGAUAAAUGUGGAAAAGCCUUCUCUCAGUUUUCCAUGCUUAUUAUACAUAUGAGAAUUCAUACAGGUGAGAAACCCUAUGAAUGUAAAGAAUGUGGAAAAUCAUUCUCUCAAAGCUCAGCCCUUACUGUACAUAUGAGGAGUCAUACUGGUGAGAAACCCUAUGAAUGUAAGGAAUGUGGAAAAGCCUUCAGCCACAAGAAAAACUUCAUUACACACCAAAAGAUUCAUACUAGAGAGAAACCUUAUGAAUGUAAUGAAUGUGGGAAAGCAUUUAUUCAGAUGUCAAAUCUUGUUAGACACCAGAGAAUUCACACUGGAGAAAAACCCUAUAUAUGUAAAGAAUGUGGGAAAGCCUUUAGCCAGAAAUCAAAUCUCAUUGCUCAUGAAAAAAUUCAUUCUGGAGAGAAACCCUAUAAAUGUAAUGAAUGUGGUAAAGCCUUCAGCCAAAAGCAAAACUUUAUUACACAUCAGAAAGUUCACACUGGAGAGAAACCUUAUGAUUGUAAUAAAUGUGGUAAAGCCUUCUCUCAAAUUGCAUCCCUUACUCUUCAUCUGAGAAGUCACACAGGGGAAAAACCCUAUGAAUGUGAUAAAUGUGGGAAAUCCUUUUCUCAGUGCUCAUUGCUUAAUUUACAUAUGAGAAGUCAUACAGGUGAGAAGCCUUAUGUAUGUAAUGAAUGUGGAAAAGCUUUCUCUCAAAGAACUUCCCUUAUUGUACAUAUGAGAGGUCAUACUGGUGAGAAACCCUAUGAAUGUAAUAAAUGUGGAAAAGCUUUCUCUCAAAGCUCAUCCCUUACUAUACAUGUACGAGGUCAUACAGGUGAGAAACCCUUUGACUGUAGUAAAUGUGGAAAAGCCUUCUCUCAAAUCUCAUCUCUUACACUUCAUAUGAGAAAACAUACAGGUGAGAAGCCUUAUCAUUGCGAUGAGUGUGGUAAGGCUUUCAGUCAAAAGUCACAUCUUAUUAGACACCAGAAAAUUCAUACUUAUUAGAAAUAGAAACCUUAUCAAUAUUGUGAAUAUGGAAACACCUUCAGAAGGAAUUAGCACCUUCUAACAUAUUACAUAAUUGAUUCUAGAGCCAAAAACUGCAUAUGGGAAAGCUUUUGAAGAAGUCACACAUUUGUGAAAUAUGAGAAUUACUGCCAAGGUUACAAAUUGUGUAGUGAAAAAGCUGAUUAUCCAAAACUUUUAGCAGAUAUCUAUUGCUAUUUAUUAAUCAUUCGCAGUAAAGCUUAAAACAAGUUAUUUUCUGUCAGCUUAUCAACAUGAUACUUGAGCUCCUAGCCAAUGUAUUAUCAAGAAAAAGAUUGAAGGGGAAAAGAAACUAUAAAAAUAAACUUUAAUAUGAGAAAUAAUUAGAAAAUGUAUUGAUAUAAAAUAUCUAGAAAUAGACACAAUGAAUAUUAUGUAUCACAUUUUGAAGAGCAUUAGAUAAUGCUAAAAUUUUGGAAAAAUACCAUGGAAAAGUCUUGGCAUUAUAAACAAUAUUUUUUCUUACAAAUCUCUAACAUACUUGUAAAGUACUUUUACUCAGAAUUUUCAUUAGUUAUAAUUUAAAAAUUUUACAAGCUGAUUCAAAAUUUUAUAUUGGAAUGUAAAGUACUGUAAGUAGCUGAAGAAAAUGUUAAAAACAAAAAAAGAGAAAAUAGUCUACUAGAUAUCACAUACUUUAUUUAAAACUGCAUCAUUUAAACAAUGUGUUCUUGAUGAGUAAAUCACUAGGAACAAAUUGAGGAUUGAAGAAAAAAGAUAUGUGGAUUUUGUGUAUGACAGUGCUAUGGAAAUCAUUGGAGAAGGAAUGGCCUAUUGGAAAGUGGAAGAUUAAUAUAAACAAGAAACAUUAGCUCUCUAUACCAUAUAUAAAAGUAAAAUUCAAAUAGAUUAAAGAACAAUAUAAAAAACAAAAUUCUAAAACUAUGAUGAAAAUAUAAUGUAUUUAUUACUAUAGAGUAACAGGAUAUUUUUUAAAAAACACAUGAAACAAUUCUAUUUUGGUGUAUUGUUUUCAGAGGCACCCAAAUAUGUGUUCAAAAACUAUAUAUGUUCACUGUGUUCUGUUAUGGUAUAUUGUCAUAUUAGCACCAAUAUAUAUGCACAAAGAGAUACAUAUUUACUGUAUUAUGCUUUGUAUUACUAUAAAUUGGGCAUAGCAUAAAUUUCUAUGGUAUAGAGGUAGAUCAUUAUGAUGUGAUUACUUAUUUGAUAUAAUACAGUAUUUACAGAACGCAAAUUUGACAUAGUUGCCUGGAUAGUUUACAACAUAAAAGGAGUAAAAAGCAAAGUGUACAAUAAAAUAUGAUACAUUUGUAUCAAUAUAAUAAAAUAAUGCAGAGAAUGGUACUGUGUAUUGAUGAUGGAUCCAUAUAUUACUGUGGUUUCUACUUUUAGGGCAUGGGAAAGGUAGGGAGGGAGUAGUUACAUUUACCUGUAAUAGUUCUUAAAGAAUUAAAGCAAAUAUGACAGUGGUAACAAAUCUGGUUGUGAAAAUUCUAUUGCUUUUUUUGUACUAUUUCUUGCUUUUGUUUAUUACCUAUUCUAAAAAAUAAAUUGAGUUGGUACAGGAAACCUGGACCCAUGUAAAUAACUUUUAAGUGGAUUCUUAUUUUUAUCAGAUACUAACAUUUACAGAGACUUCCUUUUGCUAACACGCAAAAUGAACCUGAAUUAAGAUAAUGCUUUGCUUACUGUGUCCUCAUAAUUUGAAUUAGGAUAAUAAAAAUAAGCGGUAUAUUGCA